CCCCUUUGCCGUUCUGUUUGCGUCCCCCUCAAACCAUUUCUACGUCGUCCCCUCAUCUUCUCUAACUCGUUUUGCUCGGUGCGCAUGCGCGUACGAAUCUUUUGCCAUCACUCCAAGUUAUUCAAGAGCAUGACUAGCAGGCGCCAGCACUGUUAUCUAUGCGAUCUUCCAAGGACGCCUUGGGCGAUUUUGCACGAUUUUUCAGAGCCUGUUUGUAGAGGUUGUGUAAACUAUGAGGGAACGGAAAGAAUAGAGAUGGUACUGCAAGCCGCAAGGCAAAUGAAGAGGAUGCACGAAUUAAGUAAAUCUGACAGAUGCCUGAAUUUUCCUCACCCGCCCCUUCAUCUCCUACAAAAUCCCUUACCUCCUCCCGCACAUCUUAAUCCUCCGAAAAGAGACGAAGCUUACGAGAUUGAAAAGGAAGUUAUUCUAGCCCUAACUGCCGUUUCACCUUUCCACGUGCGAUGUAAGGACGAUUCAGCUGCAGUUGGACGAGCGUUCGCUUUCGAUAUCGUAAAAUCUGGAGGUGAAUGUAACGAAUUGAAAAUGUAUGUCGAAUAUCCUAUCGGUUCUGGUCAAGUAUUCAACAACGCAGCAUCACUCGUUAAACAAAUGUCUGACACGUCGAAAUCGGAUAAAUUGAGCGUCUCCUCUGCCCUAAGGAUGCUCGAAUACGAGACGAAGCAUUCGCCCAACGAAUGGAAAACCUUGUCCGAAUUACUCAACGACAAAGUUAGAUUCUUUAAAGAGAGAGUCAGGAAAGAAUUACUGCCAUCGGCCGAAUGUGCUAGGUAUCUGGGUAUAGCUAAAAACAGGAAACGCAAAUCGGAAGAAGAGCCAACAACAACAUCGAAUAUUACAGCAUCAAGAUCGCCGGAAGCCGAGUUACGCUGCACUGUCUGCGAUAAACGUUUGGAAGACACGCACUUCGUACAAUGCCCAACUGUUCAUAAGCAUAAGUUCUGCUUUCCCUGCUCUAGGGAUUAUAUCAAGCAGCAGGGGGUCACUAACGAGAUAUAUUGCCCGUCGGGUCAGAAAUGUCCACUGUUGGGUUCCACCGUACCUUGGGCGUUUAUGCAGAAUGAGAUUGUGACGAUUAUUGGAACGGAUAGGCCUAAAUCAUCGUCACCAACCGAUCUAAAGAUAAAGAAAGAGAAAUAACGACAAAUUGAAAAAGAAUUUCCUCUUUUUUUUUCUAAACUUUUACUUGUCAGGCUUAUAAAUAUUGUAUUGCAUAAAUCUACUUCUAUAUAUACAUACAUAGAGAAAAGGGGGUUUCAACACCUAUACGCAUAAAUAUAAAUGUAUAUACAAAGUAGUAAAUACAUUUAUAUCUUAAUAUUAUAUAUGUUUCAAAUAGAAUAUAUACAGC